CCGCCCCCCUGCGCGUUGUGUGCCUCACAUGACUUGAAGGCUGCAUUUGACGGAAACAUGCCCGCUGCUGCCUCCAAAGCCGUCGUCCUGCUGGUGGUCUUGUCCUCCUGCUGGGGUCGGCAGGCUGACUACUCCCACGACGGCUUCGAGGAAGUCGCCCAACAGACCUCCAUGUUCGGCUCGCUGUGGCCGCUGCCGCAGAAGGUGCAGAUCUCGUCGGUGUCUUUAAAGUUGGCCAGGGACACUUUCCAAAUCUUUGAUGCCAAACUGUCGUCGGCGGGGCCGAGCUGUAACCUCCUACAGAAUGCGUACAGGAGGUAUUACGAGUACAUUUUCAACGGCGUUAAAAAGACGUGGCCGAGCAAAGACGGGUGGACGGACCCUGCCGGUCUGCUGGGCCUGCAGGUGUUGAUCACAGACCCGGAGCCAGGCUGUGAACAGUACCCCAGCGUGACAGCAGACGAGUCCUAUGAACUGCUGGUGGAUCAACCCUUUGCUCUCCUUAAGGCACCCAAAGUUUGGGGAGCACUCCAUGGCCUGGAAACGUUCAGCCAGUUGGUGUAUGAAGAUGAAUUUAGUGCAAAAAGUGUCAAUUUAACAUCCAUCAGAGACUUCCCCAGAUUUGCGCAUCGAGGCGUCCUGCUGGACACCUCUCGACACUUUCUACCCAUCAAGGUCAUUUUGGCCAACCUGGAAACGAUGGCAAUGAACAAGUUUAAUGUCUUCCACUGGCACAUCGUCGAUGAUCCAUCCUUCCCGUACCUGAGCCGAACAUUCCCGCAGCUCAGCCAGCAGGGAGCAUACCACCCGUACACUCACGUGUACACACAGUCCGACGUGAAGAUGGUCAUCGAGUAUGCUCGUCUCCGAGGCAUCCGGGUCAUCCCAGAGUUCGACACGCCAGGUCACACGCAGUCCUGGGGCAAAGGGCAGUCGGACCUGCUGACGCCCUGUUUCGCUGGGUCCAAACCCUCCGGCACCUUUGGCCCGGUUAACCCCAUCCUCAACACCACCUACAACUUCAUGAGUCAGCUCUUCCAGGAGAUCAGCGCCCUCUUCCCCGAUGCUUACGUUCACCUGGGAGGCGACGAGGUGGACUUCACCUGCUGGAAGUCCAACCCUGACAUCAAGACGUUCAUGGAGCAGGAAGGCUUCGGUCAAGACUACAGCAAGCUGGAGUCCUUUUACAUCCAAAGACUUUUGGACAUUGUGGCCUCCACCAAGAAGGGCUACAUGAUCUGGCAGGAGGUCUUUGACAAUGGCGUUAAGCUGAAGGCAGACACAAUCAUCCACGUGUGGAAAGGGACCCGGCAGCAAUACCAGAAUGAGACGGCAAAAGUCACGUCUUCAGGGUACCAGACCCUGCUCUCCACCCCCUGGUACCUGAACCGUAUCGCCUACGGCCAGGACUGGCAGGGCGCUUACAAGGUUGACCCUCAGGACUUCCAGGGAACUGAUGAACAGAAGAAGCUUGUGAUUGGUGGAGAAGCCUGCUUGUGGGGGGAGUACGUGGACGCCACCAACCUCACGCCCCGACUCUGGCCUCGGGCCAGCGCUGUGGCCGAGCGUCUGUGGAGCGCCAAGACGGUGACGGACAUCAGCGACGCCUACAGCCGACUGUCCUUGCACCGCUGUCGCAUGGUCGAGCGCGGUAUUCCCGCCGAGCCGCUCUUUUCCAGCUACUGUCCUCACGAGUACAAGGGAAUCUAAGGAGAAGAGGGAAAUCAACUCAAACGUGAGAAAUCAAAUGUGAAGUCGAAUCGCGAUACUCAAUGCACACAUCACGUCUGAUCAAUGCACUCUUUUGUAAUGUUUGUCAAACUGAUUGUUGAAUACAAAUGUGGAUGUUU